AUGGAAGAUAUCACAGAAGAUUGCUCGGAAGUGUUUUCUCAGGAUGGUGUUCUCCUCAAACAAGCCCCAGCUAGUCACAUCACUUUUCUGAAUAUAAUUGGAACACUCUAUGUAACUGAAUCUCCCAGUUCAAACCGGAAAAGAUACAUUGAGUGGAAACCUAAUGACAUAACAGUAGAUUCAGAUAUACAGGAUCAGGAAUGGGCAGUUGUGAACACCAUUCAAAAACGAAGCAGGACCCUCAGUGGAAAUUAUUCCCAUGACUAUCAAAGCAGAUCAAAAUGCAUCAAAUUCACUUUUGAGGCUAUAAGAAGUUUUAGAGUAGCAAACAAGAGCAGACAGCUAACUUUUUAUGAUGGCAAAGGAGAUUGUUUAUUUGUUUUUGUUUUCCAGCAUGGCAAUUGUGAAACUUUAAUUGGAACUUUGAGAAGAAUGUUGAAAACAAGUGCUUCAAAAAGAGAUAAACAUAUGUAUGUGGUGUACAAUGCAGAUUUCCCAGAAUUUCAUCAGUUGAAUAAGUCUUUUGCUGAGCUGGAUAUUCAGCACAAUGAUAGGACUGUGUGGAGUGUUUUCAAAAAUCUGAAGGACCAUCCUUAUGAGGUGACAUUUGAGGCUUUUGCCAAAGUCACAGAUUAUGUUUACAGAAGUCCAGAACACAGAGAAAUAGAUGAUCAUGAUAAAGCUGAUCUGAAUAGAAGUUUAUCAGAAUAUGAAAAUACUACAACACAUUCCCAAGGUGAAUAUGAGGUUGUUGCCAAAAUACCAGAUAGAAAAGAUUUUCCCAGGUUGAGACCUUUGACUUUGGAGCAGUGGAAGGGGCACAUGAAUUAUGAAGGAAAAAUUGAGGAUGAAGAAUCUUUGAAGAACCUGAUAUUCAGAGGGGGAGUAACACCAAGUUUGAGAAAAGAAGUAUGGAAAUUCCUCUUGGACUAUUACCCCUGGUCCAGCACAGAGUCUGAGCGUCAAAGACUAGUGGAAUCCAGAAGCAAUGAAUACUUCAAAAUGAAAGUCCAGUGGAAAACAAUUAGCAAGGUUCAAGAAGAUAACUUUUCAGAUUACAGAGAUAGAAAGAGUCUCAUAGAAAAAGAUGUGAACAGAACAGACAGAACCUUGGAUUUUUAUGCUGGUGAUGACAAUACCAAUUUGCAUACACUCAAUGAUAUCCUUAUGACCUACAUAAUGUACAACUUUGAUUUAGGUUAUGUUCAGGGCAUGAGUGAUUUGCUUUCUCCCAUUUUGCAGCUGCUAGAAGAUGAGGUGGAUUCUUUUUGGUGUUUUGUGGGAUUCAUGAAUAAAAUGAGCCGCAAUUUCGACAUCGACCAAGCAGGCAUGAAAGACCAAUUGGGGAACCUGCACACCCUUCUGGCGUUCAUCAACCCCCAACUGGCCAACUACCUGGACACCCACGACUCCGGCAACAUGUUCUUCUGCUUCCGGUGGCUGUUGGUGUGGUUCAAGCGGGAGCUCAGCCAAGAGGAUGUCAUGCGAUUCUGGGAGGUGCUGUGGACCGGCUACCCUUGUGAAAACUUCCACCUGAUGGUUUGUGUCGCCAUUCUGGACACAGAAAAGAAUAAUAUCAUUCAGAAUAACUAUGGAUUCACUGAAAUCUUGAAGAUGCCCUUCACAACCAUCCUCAUCGCCCUAACCCUCCUACCCUACCUGGACGCCCAGCUGUACUUCCCUCGCGACGACGGCGGCUUCGAGGACUUCUUCUCUUCAUCGGCUCAGGGCGUCCCGCUGGCUCAGGGCAUCCCGCCGGCUCAGGACUACCCGCCGGCUCAGGCGCUCGCUUCUCCGUUCCGGCCCGCGUUCGAGAUCCCCCUGAACCUCACGGCGCUCAGGGGUACUCCGCAGUACGAAAGGUACGUCGACCAGAUCAUCUCUAUGGGCAUAGCUAAGUUCACGCUGGAGAUCAACAGGGACCUGUUGCGUCAGAGGAGCAGCGAACACGAUAAUGUUGUCUUCGCACCCAUGAGCAUAGCAAGUGCUUUGGCUUUGGUGUUACUAGGCUCUAACGGCAAAACUUUCCAUGAAAUCAGCUCGGUGUUAGGCCUAGCCACAGGCCUAGACAUCGAGCACAGGUCAAUUCAAGUACACGCAGAACUAGGAAGGAUAAUAAACAAAUUAGAAACCACCUCUGGCCUACUGAUAGGGACGCAAGUCACAUUCGCUGCAGCAGUUUUCAUCCAAAACGACUACCCUAUCAGAAGCCUGUACAAAGAAACCGCCGAGAAGCUAUACCAGAGCGAAAUUUUGAACGUGGAUUUCGCAUCUAACCCCACCAAAGCCCAACAGGUGGUCAAUGCUUGGGUGUCAGACAGGACCAAUGGCAAGAUCAAGGAUAUCCUUGCAGAAGCCCCUUCAUCGGCUACCAAAGUAAUCAUCGCCAGUGCCAUGUACUUCAAGGCUUCGUGGGAGAAGCCUUUCUUCGAGGGAUCAACAGCAAGAAGACCUUUCUUCACCAACGGGAGAAGAUCUCGUUCCGAAGUCGACGUAGAGAUGAUGGCCAACGGUGGCGAGUUUCCGUACUACAAAGACCCCAACAUGCAAUGCGAAAUCAUGGGUUUCCCCUACAAGGGAAACGCGACUGUCAUGUACGUCGUGAUGCCCUUCAACUCCAACACCCAGAUGCUUAAACAGCUGGAAAACGCUCUGACGGCCGCUGACCUGGAACGGUUAGCAGACAGCACGGUGUAUACCAGAGCCAUAACUCUGCUACCGAAAAUGAAGAUCGAGAGCACACUGGACCUGAGAAGCUCGCUGGUAUCUCUCGGAGUCAAAAGCCUGUUCGACUCCGGCAGUGCUAACCUAGCUCUGCUAUCUCCAGGGGAAAAUAGCCUUCCCAGCGUACCAACCAAGAUCUCUGGCGUAGAAAACAACCCACUGUCGCUCAACACCAACGAUGGCUCAGUGCUCAUUUUCAGUAGAACAGGAGAAGCCGUUGAUUGCUCGAGCAUCUUCGACCCGGCCAGCAACGUCAGCGUGUGCCAGGAAACUGUUCCUGGCCGCAACCAGAAGGUGUUGUACAAGAAGUUCGGGGGCAAAGUGGGCCGUAGAGUGGCUCGAGGUGUACCGGAUGCCAAAGAGACUCUGGACGAUCUGAGACAGCUCCUGAACCACCAAUCGACUGACAAUAAUUAUCAGAACCCUGGGUUGUACGCUGACAAGGUUUUGCACAAGGUUUACAUGGACAUAACGGAGACUGGGACCGAGGCGGCGGCUUCAACUUCGGUUAGUUUGUCUAGGGAUGGGUCUAGGGUCACGUUCAGAGUGGAUGUGCCGUUUUUGUUCUUCAUCAGGCAUGAGGAGACGAAGACGAUUUUGUUUUGGGGGUCCGUUAAUACUCCUACUCCUUAUUUCAAGAAGUGA